AAUGGGGGUCCCCAGAACCUCUCUGCUCUGCCUCUUUGGGGCUGUGCUCUUCUGGACAGGGUCCCACGCCCUGCACUGCCACCGAUUCCGGCACAUCUUCUUCGGCCCCUUUGACCUCAGCAACAUGCAGUUCCCCAACGUCUCCUGUGCCUACGGGUGCUCCGAAGCCGUCCUGGCCCUGGACACUGGUUACCGCUCCCCGGUGACCCUGGUGCAGAAGGGCUGCUGGACCGGCCCGUACACCGGGCAGAUGCGCUCCGAGCAAGACGCGCUGCCGCCCGACUACUCGGUGGUGCGCGGCUGCGCGACCGACUGGUGCAACCGCCACUUCCUCACCCACAACAGCAUCCCCAACCUGAGCCCAGUGCCGGACCCGCCGUCGCUCAGCGGCACCGAGUGCUACGCGUGCGCGGGGAUCCACCCGGAGGACUGCGCCCUCGAGAAGGCCCGGCGCGUCCAGUGUCACCAGGACCAGAGCGUCUGCUUCCAGGGCAACGGCCGGAUGACCGUCGGCAACUUCUCGGUCCCCGUGUACAUCAGGACCUGCCACCGGCCCUCCUGCACCACCGCGGGCACCUCCAGCCCCUGGACGGCCAUCGACCUGCAGGGCUCGUGCUGCGAGGGCCACCUGUGCAACGGGGACUCGGUGACCCAGAGCUUCCCGGGCGCGGCCGCCGCCGCCCCGCCCCGGGCGCCCCACCGCGGGGCCCUGCUCCUGCUGGCUGCCCUGCUGGCCUACGCGCUGGGGGGGCCCCUGGGGCUCGCUGCCUAG